AGCAAAUAUCUGGUGGAUCUUCGAUGUAUUAUGGACAUGAACCCCACGACUGGGGCACCUCAAGCUCAACAAGUGACAUGAAGGAGUGCACAAUUUGCGAAGCUCCAUCCAAUGGAUAUCAUUUCAAUGCGGCCUCUUGUUCUGCGUGUGCAGCGUUUUUCAGACGUACCGUAACCCUCAACCGUAACUUCGUCUGCACCCACCAAAACACUUGUAGAGUGAACUACGCGAUGAGAGUGAUUUGUCGAGCUUGUCGGUAUCAUAAAUGCAUUAAUAUGGGAAUGGAAAGAUCAGCAGUCCAACCCCGCCGUGACUGCAACGCUGGCCGCCGAAAAAUCAUGUACAACAGCACCAACUCCCUGAAAACCCAGGAGCACACCUUCGCCCCGCCCACACCUACAGUACCCCAAACAACUACAGUAAUUGUUACAAAAGAUGAGAGAAUUUAUGAAGAUUCAUCACCGGAAAUUCACUAUGCUCAAAGCUAUUCUUCGUCGAUUUCUGAGGAGAUUUCUUCGCUUUCCCCGAAAAUUUCAGUCUCUAUGUGUUCUGGGACCGAUAUCACGUUAAACUUCGAAGCGGAGCAGGUUCUGGAGGACCUCCUGCGGGAGGAGAGGUUAUUUAAUGAGCGACGAAAGUUAUUAUAUUGCUCGAAUAGUUGUAUUUCUGAAUUGCUGACAAAUGAGAAUGCUAAUGAAAUUCCAUACUCCCAAUCUAACCUCCAACCUCUAACAUUUGCCGGAAUCCAAAAGCACAUUCGUCCACAAAUCCUGGUGAUCUACGAAUGGCUCCGAGGGUGGCGGCACUUUGAAUUGCUCAAUAUCAAGGAUAAAUCUGUGUUUCUAAGGAGAUGUGUACUGUAUCACACUAUAUUGGACCCGUCUUACCUUUCUUAUAGGCUUGGAUUACCUGAAAAAUUUGUAAUGUUCAAUGGAAUGUACGUUGGGGUCCAAGACGGGGAUAAGACCGGAUGGGAGGACGAGAAAGAUUGUAUUACGGCGGAUUUGAAAAUUAAACUAUACCGCCCGCUCAUGGACCGCCUAAUCAACGAAGUCUGCGUCUCAAUGAAAGUCAUUAACCUAACAUUUGUAGAAUUUGUCCUUCUAAAAGCAUUAGUAUGCUUCAAAUCUUCCAUUUCAGCAACCUGUGAAGUGUCGGUACCACUGAAAAAGUUUAUGAAUACCUACAUGGAUACCAUAUUAAGAGCGCUGAACGUUCAUUAUCAGACCCUUGGUAUGACAAAAGAGGAUAUUGCUCAGAGGAUUGGAAAUGUCAUUUUGAUGAUGAGCAGUAUUUUUGCCGUUGGAAUGGAGUGCUUAGAGUCCCACCAGAAAAUCCAAUUCUUCGACUUAUGGCAACUGGACGAUCUUCUUAUUAAGCUGAUUCAACGCGGUGGUGGAGGUGCAAAUUAUUAAUUAUUGGAUUUUUAUAAAAUGAAAAGUGUUUGAUCUACUUCGGCAACCGCUGAUGACCGCUUUAGAUUUAAAAAAUUACCUUGUUUAUACUACAUAUAAUUUAAUACGAUAUAACAUUAUUACAACACCAUUAAAUAUUAUACAACAUUAAUGAUAGUACAUGAAAUUUAAGACUAUAAAACAUUAUUAAAUUAA